AUGCGAAUUCUCAUACUUUUACUUCUAUCAAUAUUUGUUUAUUGUUCUUGUGUUGGAAUCACAAGUCUUCCUGAAUUAGUUGUUGUUACUGUAGCCACAGAAAAUACAGAUGGAUUAAAAAGACUCGUUGAAUCAGCAAAACAAUUUGGAAUCGAGAUCGAAGUUUUGGCGAUGGGCGAAAAAAUGGAAUGGAGGAGAUACGAGAAUUGAACAGGGAGGAGGACAGAAAAUUCGAAUACUUUCUGAUUGGAUCGAAAAAUAUAAGGAUAAAAAAGAAACUAUGAUUUUAUUCAUCGAUGCUUAUGAUGUUGUUUUCAAUGCAAAUUCGGAAACUAUUUUGAGAAAAUAUUUCGAACAUUUUGGAGAUAAGAAUGUUGUUUUCGGAGCUGAACCAUUCUGUUGGCCAGACCAAUCAUUGACUCCAGAAUAUCCGAUUGUGGAAUUCGGAAAACGUUUUCUCAAUUCUGGUCUUUUUAUCGGUUAUGCUCCUCAAAUCUAUCAAAUUUUGAAAUUGAAACCAGUUCAGGAUAAAGAUGAUGAUCAACUUUAUUAUACAAUGGUUUAUCUCGACGAAAAACUUAGGGUAUGUUCAUUCUCACGAAGAUUUUACACUAAACAUGCUUUAUUUAGAAAGAUCUUUCGAUUGGACUUGAUUCAAUGUCAAUGAUUUUCCAAAAUUUAAACGGUGUUAUUGAAGAUGUCGAAUUACAAUUCAGUGAUCAAACUGGAGAACCUAACGCUUAUAAUGCAGCUUAUAACACACAUCCAUUAAUUAUUCAUGGAAAUGGCCCGAGCAAAUAUCAUCUUAAUUAUUUAGCUAAUUACUUGGGAAAUAAAUGGAAUGCAGAAACCGGGUGUCGAGAAUGUGGAAAACCGAAAAAUUUCGAUUUUGAUAAACUAGAAGAUGAGGAAAAUUAUCCAUUGAUUGGAUUGAAUUUAUUUGUGGCAAAACCAAUUCCAUUCGUUGAAGAAGUUUUGACAAAAAUAAAAGAAAUUGAUUAUCCGAAAAGUCGAAUUGCUCUUUUCAUCUACAAUAACCAACCGUUUUCAAUAAAAACUGUAAGUUGAGAUAAUAUAAAUGACUUAAAAACAAAACAAAUUUUUAAGAUUAUGAACUUUCUUUCGGAAAAUGGGAAAAGCUAUUACACAAAAAGAAUCAUAAAUGGAGUUACCGAAUUGGGUGAAAGAGAAGCUAGAAAUGAAGCAAUGUUAGUUUUUUUUUUUGAAAAAAAUAUAUUUGAAACCUGAUGAUCAAAAUUACAGAGAUUGGGAUAAGAAAACAAAAGUCGACUUUGCAAUUACUAUUGACGCUGAUGCAUAUUUGACAAAUAAUCGGAUAAUCAAAGAUUUGGUGGAAUAUUCCAAAAAUUAUGACAUUGGAUUUGUUGCCCCAAUGAUUGGUCAACCUGGAAAACUAUUCACGAACUUUUGGGGAGCAUUGGCUUCAAAUGGAUAUUAUGCUAGAAGUGAAGAUUAUAUGGCAAUUGUAAAAAGAAAUCGAAUUGGAAAUUGGAAUGUUCCAUUCAUAACUACCAUUUCAUUGAUAAACAAAGAAAAAUUGAAUCAAAUGUCGAAUGUUUAUUCGUAUAAUAAACAACUUGAUGCUGAUAUGUCAAUGUGUAAUUGGGCUCGAGAUAAUGGACAUUUCUUAUAUGUUAACAACGAAAAAGAACAUGGUUUUUUAAUUGUCAGUGAUGAAUUCGCUGAACAUAUUCAAAUGGGAAAAUGGCAUCCAGAAAUGUGGCAGAUUUUUGAGAAUAGAAAACUUUGGGAACAACGAUAUGUUCAUGCGGAUUAUUUCAAACUAUUAGAAGAAGGAAGUAUUGUUGAUCAAGCUUGUCCAGAUGUUUAUGAUUAUCCAUUAAUGUCAGAAAGAUAUUGUGAAGAAAUGAUUGAAGAAAUGGAAGGUUUUGGUAAAUGGAGUGAUGGAAGUAAUAAAGAUAAUCGAUUAGCUGGUGGAUAUGAAAAUGUUCCGACAAGAGAUAUUCAUAUGAAUCAAGUUGGAUAUGAAAGAGAAUGGUUAUAUUUUAUGGAUGAGUAUGUUCGACCAAUUCAAGAAAAAGUAUUUGUUGGAUAUUAUCAUCAGCCAGUUGAGGCAAAUAUGAUGUUUAUUGUUCGUUAUCGUCCUGAAGAACAACCAUCUCUUCGUCCUCAUCACGAUGCUUCUACUUUCAGUAUUGAUAUUGCAUUAAACAAAAAAGGACGAGAUUAUGAGGGAGGAGGAGUUAAGUAUUUGCGCUAUAACUGUACUGUCGAAGCUGAUCAAGUUGGUAAGUAAAAUUAACAGAUUAGAAAAAAAUAUAUGAAGAAAAACGUGAACUUUAAUCCCAGAAAACCCGAAAAAUCACAGAAAACAAGAAAACAAGAAAACGUAGACAACGAAAAAGUGAAAAAAAAAAGAAUUUUGGAAAUAAAUUGGCCGAGUCGGUUUCUAGUCCACACAUAUCUCGGCCAGCACCCAAGUUUUAUUUUUACUAGUAUUCUCCAAGGGAAAAGCGACAUUGGAGAGAUUCUCAGGGUUCCCAUAUGUUAUACUUUAAACGUGUCAAUUUCUAUAAUCUGGGGGGGGGGGUUCCCAAUUUUUAAAAAUCCCCAAAAAUUUCUUCGCAAAAACACACAGCGCGUAUUUCGCGGCAAGGUUGCGCGUAGGAUUUGGUGUUUGCGGGCAGUCGGUGUUGACAUACACUCUUAUUUUUUCCGUUCUUUCUUUAGGUUUGGGAUUUUUGUUUCAGGUUACGCCAUGAUGUUCCCUGGACGUUUAACACAUCUUCACGAGGGUCUUGCUACAACUAAGGGUACUAGAUAUAUUCUUGUUUCAUUUAUCAAUCCGUGA